AUGUUCAAUGUUGGACAUGCAACAACUCUCGAGAAGGCGAAGGCUCUUGGCACGUACUUAUUAGUGGGCAUCUUCGACGAUGAAACAGUCAACAAAAUGAAGGGUGGCAACUACCCUGUGAUGAAUUUACUCGAGCGCGUAUUGAACGUGAGUGCAUGCAAGCAUGUCGAUGAAGUUAUAAUUGGCGCCCCUGUGGAGAUCACCGAGGACCUGAUUAGGACUAUGAAUAUCAGCAUUGUUGCACAGGGUUCGAUAAGUCCGUCUUCUAUACAGUAUAGAUUUAUGACGCAAGUCAAUGAAGUCCCGAAGAGUUUGGGUAUCCUCCGUGACGUAGAAAGCGACUACCCUUAUCUAACAUCAGCUACGAUCGCGGAACGAAUCGCUAUCAAUCGUCUUAUGUACAUCAGCCGUAAUAGUAAACGUAGCUUGAUUGAAAAUGAAUACUAUUGCAAUAAGCAGCACGUAGCAGAACAAUGA